UUGUGUAUUAUGUCCUUUUCUUCUGAUCCCAGUCUCAUAGUAUAUUUGCAUUCUGUUUUUUCAUCAUAUUCAUGCAUGUAUAGUUCUGUCUCCAUCUUUUAUUUGUUUUUUGAAUGAAAUGUGACUGGUGACAUGUCUGGCUGGAGUGGACCUUGGACUCUGCAAUCUUUCCAGUGGAGAUGAGGGAAGAUGACUAAAGACAAGAGAUAUUUUGAUGGCUGGUCUUCUGCAUACGGAAGGUUCUUCAUCCUUUCUGUGUGAACUAGGAAGAAGAACUAUCCUAAGUCUUCUGAAUUAAAACUGAGACUCAAUCUACAUUGAACUUCCUCAGAAAGGUAUGCUUUUCUGAGACAUCUCAGCUGGCUCCCUAGGAAUCAUGAACAUUGAAGCAUAUUUUGAAAGAAUUGGUUAUAAGCACUGUAGGAACAAAUUGGACUUGGAAACAUUAACUGACAUUCUUCAGCACCAGAUCCGAGCCAUUCCUUUUGAGAACCUUAACAUCCAUUGUGGAGAAGCCAUGGAAUUGGGCUUAGAGGCCACUUUUGAUCAAAUUGUGAGGAGGAAACGAGGUGGGUGGUGUCUCCAAGUCAAUCAUCUUCUGUACUGGGCUCUGACCACAAUAGGUUUUGAAACCACGAUAUUGGGAGGGUAUGUAUACAACACUUUAGCAAACAAAUAUAGCAAUGCCAUGAUUCACCUCCUGCUGAAGGUGACCAUUGAUGGCAGGAACUACAUAGCUGAUGCUGGAUUUGGACGCUCUUACCAGAUGUGGCAGCCUCUAGAGUUAAUUUCUGGGAAGGAGCAGCCCCAGGUGCCUUGCAUCUUCUGCUUGACAGAAGAGAGAGGAAUCUGGUACUUGGACCAAAUCAGAAGAGAGCAGUAUAUCCCAAACGAAGAAUUUCUUAAUUCUGAGCUCCUGGAAAAGAAUAAAUAUCGGAAAAUCUACUCUUUUACUCUUGAACCUCGAACAAUUGAAGACUUUGAGUCUGUGAAUAUAUACCUUCAGGAAUCUCCAGCAUCUGUCUUUACAAGCAAGUCAUUUUGUUCCUUGCAGACUCCAGAAGGUGUUCACUGUUUAGUGGGCUUCACCCUCACCUACAGGAGAUUCAAUUAUAAGGACAACACAGAUUUGGUAGAGUUUAACACACUGAAUGAAGAAGAAGUAAAAGAAAAUCUAAAAAAUAUAUUUAAUAUUUCCUUGGAGAAAAAUCUUGUCCCCAAACAUGGUGAUAAAUUUUUUACCAUAUAGAGUAAGCAGUAAAAAUGGUCUCAGUAUUACUUCUGGUGCUGUAACUUUUUAUUAUAAAAAAAUUUAGACGUCUAUAAAAGUAGAGAGAAUGAAAUAAUAAACCUCCAUUUGUUUAUCACUCAGUUAUCAGCUAU